AUCAUAUUGAAUAUGAGUUAGAUCACAGAACGACAGUUGUGGUUAUAUUAGAACUACAAACACCAAAACAGGAAGUACACCGUAUACAGCAUAUUCCCAAGCAGUCUGAAGUUCAAAGUAUGAAGACAGUUUGUGAAAUUACGCCAGUUGAAUCUCCAGCAAUUUGUAUAGUUUAAAGGGCAGAUCGGUACUUCUAUCUACACCGUAUUUGCAAAAAUUAGGUGAUUGCAUUUUGUCAGCCAUAUCUUGUUCACUAGACAGUUUUACUUUUAGUAACGGCUCAAGCAGAUGAGGCUGCUUGUCCACUCUCUGCUGCUCUGGGGUAGAAUUAGAAGGCAGCCAACAAACACUGGAAGGCGGGGACUGGCAAGCAGAGACACGAUGCGACUGGUGCAGUUCUGCCAGCUUAACAAGGAGCGCGAAGUGAGAGUUGGCGUGGAUUUGGGGCAAGGUCAAGGUAUCGUGGACCUCAAGAGCUUUGACUCCUCCGUGCCCUCCACCAUGAGAGAAUUCCUGGAGACAGGACACAGGGGCAUGGAGUGUGCACAAAGAGCGCUUUCCAGCGGCCUCUGCGUGGUCCCUUCAUCUGAGGUGGGCCUGCUUUCCCCAGUCACGGGUCCAGAGAAGGUCGUAUGCGUGGGCAUGAACUACCGGGACCACUGCCUGGAGCAGAACGCCCCCAUUCCCAAGGAACCCAUCAUCUUCAGCAAGUUCCCCAGUGCCAUCACCGGCCCAUUCGACGACAUCUUGCUGCCUGAUGAGAGCAAGGAGGUGGACUGGGAGGUAGAGCUGGCCUUUGUAAUAGGCCGGAGAGGCAAGCACAUCAAGGAAGAGGAAGCUCUCUCUUACGUCGCUGGCUUCACAGUGGCCAAUGACGUUAGUGCACGUGAUUGGCAGAUGCACCGCAAUGGGAAACAGUGGCUGCUGGGAAAGACUUUCGACAGCUUCUGUCCGCUGGGUCCUGCCCUGGUCACCACAACAGCACUGAAAGACCCCCAUAACCUGGGAAUCCGCUGCCGUGUCAAUGGGAAUGUUGUCCAGGAGAGCAACACCAAUCAGAUGAUCUUCAGGACAGAGAAGCUUGUGGCCUGGGUCUCACAGUUUGCGACACUGUGUCCUGGGGAUGUGUUUCUGACUGGGACCCCCCCUGGAGUAGGGGUUUUCAAGAACCCCCCCAUCUUCCUCAAGAAAGGUGAUGUGGUGGAAUGUGAGAUCGACGACAUUGGAGUCAUUCGCAACACAGUCAUCUGAACUGGAACCCAUACAAAAUGUUUGACAUUGAAAUUUAAAUUUGUAAUGCAAAACCAUAAUUCCACCUCAGGCAAUUUUCCAACCAUGGAAAGAACAACAAAGGCUUAAUCUGUAAUCCAUAAAGAAUUAAAUGCACACAUACUGUAAUUUCACUAAAGCCUGAGGCAUUUCCAGUAAGGUGUCUGGCAUGGUCAUGAAGGGAGGAUCGUGCUGAUAUUAGAACUUUUAUCUGGUUUCCUACAGGCUUAUUAACUCAUCUAUUUUUCUUAUAAAAAAAAAUCCUUAAGAACUAGAUGGGGAUUUUUCCACUGUCUAAGUACUGCCCUAGUGGGUUGAAUAGCACAUAAACAGUGAUGAGCGAUUCUGAACUGAAAUUGUGUUCCAUGUUCAGAGUUGAUUAAAUGGAAAAGUUCUGCUCGAACAGCAGAUUUUGUCGACCGUUUCCCAAUGCAAAGCCUUUCAUCUGUAUUGAAAGGGUUAAGGGCCAUGGCCAUCCAAGAUUUUAUAACUCAUUAUAAACCAGUGAAGCCUACCGCUAUAAGAAACCAGUGAAUUUAUUCAAUAAUCAACUGCACUCAGAGACAGCUUCAUAAUCAGAAGCACAAUGCUUGAUGUACUUCAGGGCUUCAAGUGCUGACGAUAUUAACAUGACUCUGCUAAAUCUGAUCAGCUGUAGAAAGGGCUCAGAGCUGUAGAUCCCCUACUGUGGGCACACAGCAGACAGGUUAACGACUCAGACUGGGCAUGUGUGUAUAUCCCAGUGCGCAGUCUAGAUACUUUAAAUGGGGCAACACUGCCAAACUAUUACUCACCAGCCAUAAAAGGCAUCACUCUGCCGAACCAAGUGGGCCAUGCAGAAUAGCUGUAGCCUUUGAAUGGGACAUUUACGCAGUUUAAAUAACCCAGAGCAGUUAUACAACGCAAGUAAAUGUCUGCCAACCAGCACAACCCUAGAAAGGUCAGGGUAUUAAUCAGCUUGUUUUAAAACAUAGGUGGGCAUAUUCUGGUAUUCCGAGGUGCUUCAACAUUUCUUGAAGUUCUGUGUAUUUCAUGCAGCCACUUUAUAUGCCUUGUGUGCAUUUUCAGCAGCAUCAGUUGUUUUUGUCAGUGUCUUUUUGUGACAUCCACCAGGCAUGCAAAAUGUAUGAGGAAAAUCUUAAAAUUCUUUUUUUCUGGUAUCACAGCAGGUUACUUUAAUUGGCCCAGCAGUCUAUUUUUAAUAAAGGAUGAGUUAAUUUCAA